CUGACCAUAUACGUGUCAAGUGUAAUGAUGGCGCAGACCGACACGAAGAAGAUCUUCUUUGAGAACCUGUCUGGCGCGGGAAAAGCCAUCGCGGUGCUGACGAGCGGAGGUGAUGCUCAAGGCAUGAAUGCUGCUGUGCGUGCUGUGGUUCGAAUGGGAUUAUAUGUAGGAGCAAAAGUUUAUUUUAUACGUGAGGGAUACCAGGGUAUGGUGGAUGGUGGGGAGAACAUAAAGGAAGCCACAUGGGAAAGUGUGUCCAGCAUGCUUCAAGUGGGCGGCACUGUUAUUGGUAGUGCCCGCUGCAAAGAGUUUCGCACCCACGAGGGCCGCCUGAAGGCUGCUCUCAACUUGGUGAAGCUUGGCAUCACCAACCUGUGUGUCAUCGGGGGGGAUGGCAGCCUGACAGGAGCCAACCUCUUCAGGGAAGAAUGGAGUGGACUGUUGACAGAACUGGUGGAGCAAGGAUCCAUCGAGCCCCAGUCCGUUCAGACCUACUCUGCUCUUCACAUUGUCGGGAUGGUUGGCUCCAUCGAUAACGACUUCUGUGGAACUGACAUGACGAUUGGCACCGACUCUGCCCUGCACCGAAUCAUUGAGGUGGUUGAUGCAAUUAUGACAACCGCUCAGAGUCACCAGAGGACUUUUGUCUUAGAAGUCAUGGGCAGACAUUGCGGCUAUUUGGCCUUGGUUAGUGCUCUGGCUUGUGGUGCAGACUGGGUGUUAAUCCCUGAGAUGCCUCCAGAUGAUGGAUGGGAAGAGAAGAUGUGUGAAAAACUAUCUGCGAACCGAGCAGAAAUGAAAAGGCUGAAUAUCAUAAUAGUAGCGGAAGGGGCGAUUGAUGCUAACAACAAGCCUAUUACCGCUGACUCUAUUAAGGAUCUUGUUGUCAAACGUUUGGGCUUCGACACGCGAGUGACAAUCCUGGGUCACGUGCAGCGAGGAGGGACCCCAUCCGCCUUUGAUCGCAUCCUGGCCAGUCGCAUGGGUGUGGAGGCCGUUCUUGCCCUGCUGGAGACCACGGCCAACACACCCGCCUGUGUGGUGUCUCUGUGUGGGAACCAGUCAGUGCGCUUGCCUCUGCUGGAAUGUGUACAGAUGACUCAAGAGGUGCAGAAGGCAAUGGAUGAAAAAAAGUUUGAGGAAGCAGUGAAGCUCCGCGGAAGGAGUUUCCAGAACAACCUGAAGACGUACAAACUGUUGGCUCAUCGCAAGCCAGAGUCUGAACUUCCACACAGCAACUUCAACGUGGCGGUGUUGAACGUGGGCGCCCCCGCGGCCGGCAUGAACGCGGCUGUUCGUUCAGCCGUCAGAGUGGGCAUCUCUGAGGGACACAAGAUGUUUGCUGUCAGCGACGGAUUUGAGGGCUUCUACAAAGGUCAGAUCAAGGAGAUCAAAUGGGCUGACGUUGGAGGGUGGACAGGACAGGGAGGAUCUCUGCUGGGAACUAAAAGAACACUCCCCGCAAAGCAUGUGGGCAAAAUAGCCGAGCAGAUGCGAACGCACAACAUAAAUGCACUGCUUGUGAUUGGGGGAUUUGAGGCCAUCCUGUCACUGCUGGAGUUGUUAACGGCGCGCGAGAAGUAUGAGGAGUUCUGUGUGCCCAUGGUCAUGGUCCCGGCCACGGUCUCCAACAAUGUGUCGGGCUCAGACCUCAGCAUUGGCGCUGACACGGCUCUCAAUGCCAUUACCACUGCGCUUGAGAGUCUGCUGCAGCUGUAUGAGGAACGUGCUACCUACCAGGAGUUUUGCAUCCCCAUGUGUAUGCUGCCUGCCACCAUAAGUAACAAUGUGCCGGGCUCAGAUCUAACCAUCGGUGCAGACACGGCCCUCAAUGCCAUUGUGGAGACCUGCGACCGCAUCAAGCAGUCGGCCAGCGGCACCAAGAGGCGCGUGUUCAUCAUCGAGACCAUGGGGGGCUACUGUGGCUACCUGGCCACCGUGGCUGGCCUGGCGGCCGGGGCCGACGCCGCCUACAUCUAUGAGGAGCCUUUUGACAUCAGAGACCUGCAGGCCAACGUUGAGCACCUGACAGAGAAAAUGAAGACAAGUAUUCAAAGAGGCCUGGUGCUCAGGAACGAGAACUGCAAUGACAACUACACCACGGACUUCAUCUACCAGCUGUACACGGAGGAAGGGAAAGGUGUGUUUGACUGCAGGAAGAAUGUCCUGGGACACAUGCAGCAGGGAGGAGCGCCGUCUCCAUUCGACCGAAACUUUGGGACCAAGAUCUCGGCCAAGGCCAUGCAGUGGGUCUCCAAGAAGCUGCUGGAGACCUUCAGACAAGGCCGAGUGUUUGCCAACAGCGAGGACAGCUGCUGCUUGCUGGGAAUGCGGCGCAGGGCUCUCAUCUUCCAGCCGGUGGUCCAACUCAAGGAGCGGACUGACUUUGUUCACAGGAUCCCCAAGGAGCAGUGGUGGCUGAAGCUCCGCCCACUGAUGAAGAUCCUGGCCAAGUACAAGACCAGCUACGACGUGUCGGACUCCGGGCAGCUGGAACACGUGGUGCACAGCCUCCCUCGGGACUCUGACGCCUCCGUGGCCAUGUGACCGCGCCCCCGGCGUGUUGACCUUUAACCUCAACAGUGUUCCUACUGUAAUGUCCUCACACACCUGCUUGAUUAGUCUCAUGCUCCUUUUUAAUUGCACUUUCUGGCUCCACGUACUGUAUGUCAGUUAGACCUGCACUCUUCCUUACA